AUGAUGAGUACGAUCUAUGCAUGGUUGGACAACCCAGUGAAGUUCAAGAAGUCUAAUGGCGUCAAUAACAACCUGGAUCCUGAGAUCGUCCCAAAGUCUGACCACAAGGAGGAGGAGGAGGAGGAGGAGACUCACAUCCUUAUUGUGGAGGGCUUUCUGCUUUACACCUCUGGACCUUUGAUCAACGUGCUUAACCAACGCUACAUUAUCUCCACCCCAUACCAAGAAUGCAAAAAGAGGAGGUACUCUAGGAACUACACGGUGCCAGACCUCUUCUUCCUCUUCGACGGCCACGUCUGGCCCAUGUAUUUGAAACACAACAAUAUCACCUUUAACGAACAUCCCCCGUUUUUCCUUAUCCGCUGCGAGGACUAA